AUGCCUCCUCGUAAAUCGAACAAGGAGGCAGGGAAAUCCUCCAAAACCACGGCAGGCAAAUCUUCCAAAACCUCGGCAAAGGUUGCAAAGACCAAGUCAUCUGUUGCUUCAACCAAAGGAACCAAAAAGACCCAGGACGGGGUUAAAAAAACCAAAGGAACCAAAAAGACAGAAAAGACCGAAAAGGUUCAAGACGAGGCUCGGCCGAUACCCCAAGAGGGGGCUCAGCCGAUGACCCAUCCCCGUUACCCAUAUGGCAGAUCACUGUUCGGACCGGGUGAAAUGUCCGAAGAAGAAGAUGGAAUUCCCGAGAACAGUUCCGAGAAAGAGGAGAUUGAAGAGAAGCCGAAACGAGUUUGGGACCCUGAAAAGUCCUACGUUGGACUUGUCGAGGUUCCUGAACUUGUGAGACCGAAGCGGAAGAGAUGGCAUCAUGAAGGUCCGCCUAUCUUGGAUGUGCUGAAGGUUCCUGCCGAUUGGUUAUGGAACGACAAGGAGUACGACCUGGACGAUGAAGACCUCGAUGCCCAGAUCCAGAGGUGCGAUGAAAGAAUCGAGGAUGGAAUCUUGCCUUAUAUUUUCGAACAUAAGAAGAAGGGGUUGCUGGAAAGCAAGGAGAUGAAGGACAAAUCUAUGGCCAGAUUUCCAGGAAAAAGUUGGAAUGUUGUGCAACGUAUUGAGAUGCUUGAAAUCAUGCAGAAGUAUCUUGAAGGCACCAAGGAUGGGGACGAGUACCAACAGCUGGCAAACGUAAAGGCUCUUCUCGAGGCUUACAAAAGUGGCCAGCUGGAUUGGAAUGCACCAGGCCUGGUAACUUACUGGUCGCAUGGGGUUCAACUUUGUCAGCCGAGGCCGCAUGAUUGGGAUGAGUUUCUGGAAGUUAACAGAGAGCAUGAUGGGGAGGAAGGGUUUUGGAUGGAAGGGUCAAGAGAUCCCGGCCCAGUGCCGGUGAUGAGGUACUAUGGAGCGCAAUAUUACAACAGCUCCAGAACGGGUGCGGGUGAGGGUAACGCCAUGACCUAUUAUGGCUUACUUGUUCGAAUUCCGGGCUAUCACCGUCAUAAUACACUCGAAUUCAUGGAUGAUACUGGUGCGUCGGUGAUGACUUUAACAGAUAAUGAUGUCGGACUUCUACAAGUGGCCGCGGCAGGGGAGGUUGGGCGUAACGUCAGAAGGCCACCCGCUAUUGGUCUGACAGGCGUAGUGACAGCAGAGGGUAACGUUAUGAGCCGACAUGUUAUAAUGCUGGAGGUCAACAUACUUGAUAAAGAAACUGGUCAGCCGGUAUUACCAAUUUGGGAAAAAGUAGAGGUUCUAGUCAACAUUGCUGUUCCCUAUCAAAAGCCCCCCCCCAAGACUUUCUGGUCCCUUUGUGAGGGCAAAGUUCUAUACUGCUUCGAUUCCGGAUGGGACAUUGGAUCUCUAUAUUGGGCAAAAUGA